GGUUGAAUACAUGAUUUUCCGCGGAAAGCCACUGAAUGUCUGAAACGUGUCGCUUUGCUUUGCCAUAGCCAUUCUCCAUAGUGGACCAAUGGCGAGAGCCGCCUUUGCCUCCUCAGCUCCGGUAACCAGCGUACGUUGUCUCCGGCGACCGGUCUCUGCCUCCUCCGCCGGGGAUUCGUGGACCCCGGAGACGCGCCGCCACGACCACCAGCGGUCCCUCGAGGUCAUCGGCGGCGGGAGCGACCGUUUCUUUCCGGCGCUGAAGGAGUACCUCGUUAAGCCCUAUGAGCCUUUUCCUCUGGUCGGAUUCAACCGACAUGUGGAGACCAUCUUCGCCGCAUUCUUCCGCUCCGUUCCCGCGGUCAGGCUCCGCCGGGAGUGCCUCAUUACGACGGACGGCGGAUCCGUCGCUCUCGAUUGGGUAGCCGGAGAUGAGCGCAGCCUCCCUCCCAGUUCUCCAGUCCUCAUUUUGCUGCCAGGUUUAACAGGAGGGAGUCAGGAUUCGUAUGUGAGGCAUAUGUUGUUGGGGGCUAAGAGCAAAGGCUGGCGUGUUGUCGUGUUCAAUAGCCGUGGUUGUGGAAAUAGCCCUGUCAUUACUCCUCAGUUCUACUCGGCUUCAUUUUUAGGAGAUAUUCGUGAAGUAGUUGCCCAUGUCGGCAACAAAUACCCUAAAGCCAACUUGUAUGCUGUAGGAUGGUCUCUUGGGGGAAAUAUUCUUGUGCGCUAUCUGGGUAAGGAAUCUCAUAACUGCCCACUUUCUGGAGCUGUGUCACUGUGCAAUCCUUUCAAUUUGGUCAUAGCUGACGAAGACUUCCGUAAGGGAUUUAACAAUGUUUACGACAAGGCUCUCGCAAGAGCUCUGCGUAGAAUCUUUAGAAAGCAUGCUCUUCUUUUUGAAGACAUAGGAGGUGAAUUUAACAUUCCCAUGGCUGCAAAUGCCAAGACUGUGCGAGACUUUGAUGAAGGUUUAACCCGCGUGUCAUUCGGCUUCAAAUCUGUGGAUGACUACUAUUCCAACUCAAGCAGCUCAGACUGUAUCAAAUAUGUCAAUACUCCUCUGCUUUGCAUUCAGGCAGCAAAUGAUCCAAUUGCGCCCAACAGGGGGAUACCUCGCGAGGAUAUAAAGGGAAAUCCCAACUGCUUGUUGGUAGUAACCCCAAAAGGAGGGCAUUUGGGGUGGGUGGGGGGUGCUGAAUCUCCAACGGGAGCCCCUUGGACUGAUCCUCUUGUUAUGGAAUUCCUUCAUCAUCUUGAGACAGGAGCUGACGUUGCUUCUUCUUCCUCCUCUGGCCCCGAGAGUUUGCAGAUUCCUUUGGAUCAUCAUAUACCCGUGUAGUCAGUUGCUACUCCCUCUUCAGACAUUCUCAAUGGAUAUGGAGAGGGCUACUUGUAGAAUUCAAGAGGCCGCCUGCCCGGUUUCCUAAACUAGUAUGCCCUCUCUGAGACUAUUUCAUUCUAAGAAAACAAAAGCAUAUAAUUCUAUUGAAUUUGCAUUGCCCUUCACUAAAUUUGUUAGAUAUCUUGGCAUCGUAAUUUGAAUUGUAUAUCAAACAUUGCAAUCAAUCUUUAUACUUCUUAGAUA